CAAGUGCCACUGGUCCUGAGUGAGGAGGUGCUGGGUCGGCUGGCGGGCGGGCUGGGCUUCGGCCCGCGCGCGGCGGGCGAUGCUGGGAGGCAGCUCCGGGGCCCGGGAGCGCGAGGCGGUGGGCGACGGGGCGGAGGCUGUGACGGCGCCGCCCGCCAUCGAGUUCCCGGCCGACGGCUCGGACCCCAAGUAUGAUGAAUCCGAUGUCCCAGCUGAACUCCAGGUAUUAAAAGGACCCCUGCAGCAGCUGACCUUCCCUUUCGCAGUUGCAAACCAACUCUUGCUUGUCUCUUUGCUGGAGCACUUGAGUCAUGUGCACGAACCAAACCCGCUCCGUUCAAGACAGGUGUUUAAAUUGCUUUGCCAGACCUUUAUCAAAAUGGGGCUGCUGUCUUCUUUCACCUGUAGUGAUGAGUUCAGCUCGUUGAGGCUACACCACAACAGAGCUAUUACUCAUUUAAUGAGGUCUGCUAAAGAGAGAGUUCGUCAGGAUCCUUGUGAGGAUAAUUCUCAUAUCCAGAAGAUCAGGUCCAGGGAAAUAGCCUUUGAAGCACAGACUUCACGUUACCUAAAUGAAUUUGAAGAGCUUGCCAUCUUAGGAAAAGGUGGAUACGGAAGAGUGUACAAGGUCAGGAAUAAAUUAGAUGGUCAGUAUUAUGCAAUUAAAAAAAUCCUGAUUAAUGGUGCAACUAAAACAGAUUGUAUGAAGGUCCUGCGGGAGGUGAAGGUGCUAGCAGGCCUUCAGCAUCCUAAUAUCGUAGGCUAUCACACUGCUUGGAUAGAGCAUGUUCACGUGGCCCAAACACAAGAUAGAAUUUCUAUUCAGCUGCCAUCUCUGGAAGUGAUCUCAGACGAGGAGGAUGACAGAAAUCAGCAUGUUAAAAAUGAUGAAAGUAACAGCUCAUCCAUUAUCUUUGCCGAGUUCACCUCAGAAAAAGAAAAGUCUUUAGGAGAAUCUGGCAUUGACAAUCAGAAUAACAGAUUGGUGAACUGUAGCACCAAUUUAAUCACAAGAACCGCCUGUGAAUUUGAAUCAUCCAGUUUGCUCCAAGGAAAUGGUUUGGCUGAUUUGCCUUCCAGAUCGAUUGUUGAACAUCAGCUGCCACUUAGGCAUCAUUCUGACUUAGAAGAGAAUUUCACAUCCACCGGGGAAUCUUCUGAAAACUUAAGUUUGUCGGGGCAGACAGAGGUGGGAGCCAGCCGUCUUGUCCCCCAGGUGCAGUACCACCUGAUGCUGCACAUCCAGAUGCAGCUGUGCGAGCUCUCGCUGUGGGACUGGAUAGUUGAGAGAAACCAGCGGGGCCGGGAGUAUGUGGACGAAUCUGCAUGUCCUUAUGUCAUGGCCAGUGUUGCAACAAAAAUUUUUCAAGAAUUGGUGGAAGGUGUAUUUUACAUACAUAACAUGGGAAUUGUACACAGAGAUCUGAAGCCCAGAAAUAUUUUUCUUCAUGGCUCUGAUCAGCAAGUAAAAAUAGGAGACUUUGGUCUGGCCUGCACGGAUAUCAUACAGAAGAACACAGACUGGAUCGAUAGAGACGGGAAGAGGACACGCACACACACGUCCAGAGUGGGUACUUGCCUGUACGCUUCUCCUGAGCAGUUGGAAGGAUCCGAGUAUGAUGCCAAGUCAGAUAUGUAUAGCUUGGGUGUGAUCCUGCUAGAGCUCUUUCAGCCGUUUGGAACAGAAAUGGAGCGAGUACACGUUUUAACUGGUUUAAGAAGUGGUCAGAUACCUGAAUCCCUCAGUAAGAGGUGUCCCGUGCAAGCCAAGUAUAUCCAGCACUUAACUAGAAGGAAUGCAUCUCAGAGACCCUCUGCUGUUCAGCUGCUGCAGAGCGAACUUUUCCAAAAUUCUGGAAAUGUUAAUCUCACCCUACAGAUGAAAAUACUGGAGCAAGAAAAAGAAAUCAAAGAACUAAAGAAGCAGCUGAGUCUCCUUUCUCAGGACAAAGGGGCCAAGGAUGACAUGAAAGAUGGGGGUGUUCCUGUCCUGCCUUAAUUAGACUCUGUAAAUGUGAAUGUGGACUUCUAAUUCUUGAAAUAGUCAACUGGAAUGUAAAUUUUGUCUUUGUUAGGGUAUAGAUGAUAUAGUUCUAUUUAGUGAGCCUGGACAAGACUGGUAAGCUGUAGAAGUUCCC